CCUCGCAGAACCCCGCGGCGUCUUCCGGAGCCUGACUGGCCGGGGACAGAGGGGGCGGGGAGCUGACCCGGAGUGGGCGAAGCCGGCGGGCGGGCGCGGCGCUGGAGCCAACUAUGCGUGGCGUGGGGGCGAUCCUGCGGCGCGCGGCGCGCGGCGCCCGGGACCUGAACACGCGGCGGGACGUCUCCUCCUGGCUGGCCCGGUGGUUCCCCAGAACCCCAGCCAGGUCCGUGGUGGCCCUGAAGACACCCAUCAAGGUGGAGCUGGUAGCAGGGAAAACCUACAGAUGGUGUGUGUGUGGCCGCAGCAAGAAGCAGCCCUUCUGUGAUGGCUCCCACUUCUUCCAACGCACUGGCCUAUCUCCACUCAAGUUCAAGGCCCAAGAGACGCGCAUUGUGGCACUCUGUACCUGCAAGGCUACCCAGAGGCCCCCGUACUGUGAUGGCACCCACAGGAGUGAGCGUGUGCAGAAGGCAGAGGUGGGCUCCCCACUCUGAAGGGGCUGUCCAGUCACAGGUGGACUCGGCUCCAGGCCUGUGACAGGCACCCCUUCUGUGGUGAAGGAAACAGGUGCUGAACCCAAGACCUGGUACCCAUGUCUGGCUCACGAAGGAAGAAUUAUUCCUUAUAACGUAAAGGUCUCCAGUCUGGGGUUGGCAGGAGUGCACCCUGGGUCAAUGUUUGCUGACAGAGAAGACGGUAUAAAGAAGGCUGCCCAACCAGACUGGUCCUGUGGUCACUGGUAUGCGGCUCACAUGCUGCCUCCUGCUCCAGAUUUUAACCUGUGUGUGGCUGGGGGCACCUGAGCAGCCACAGGAGAGGGCAGUUCAGAUUCAUUACAUAUGGGGUCCCCAAGCCAGGCUGAACCCAGAGACAAGGCACCCUUCCCGUCUUCCCCCAAAAGAACUACAGGCUCCAGAAAGUAUGCAGCAUUUAUUACAAAGCCAACAGAUACAGACGUCCCAGGGCAGAGGAGGGCACAGUCACAGGACCUCAGACACAGGGCAAGGCGCAAACACAGACAAGCCCACUGGGGGCUCCCAACCCCACACACCUAGGCUGGGAUGGAAUCUCAAGUCUCGACUCCUGCUGCCUCCCAGAGCUAUGCACACUUGCGGAACUCUCGGUGGGCAGGACCUGCCAGGUCUGUCCCUAGGGAGGUGGUCCGCUGACCUCUGGGGCUGGGACUGGGGCCAGAGCUUACAGGUUUCUGUUUUCUUGUGCUUUUAGAUGCAGUUGCUCUGUCCUGACCAGGUGACCGGGCCUCAGCUGGGGGAGGAGGGGCCGCUGGAGGGCUGUGUGCCUUUGGCAAAGUCUGGGGUCUGUGCUUGUGUGAGGUUAACUCACCCCCGCCUCCACUCUAUGCCCCAAGUGAGACUCCACCACCAGUCCUGCUAGUGAGGGGUCCUGGGUGAGGGCAGGGGCGGUGGGGGUGAAGCACUUCACAAUGCUAACGCCACAGUGGAAUUCCAGGGCUGAGACCUCUCAGGGCUUGAAUCUUCUUUUCCACAAGAUAAAUGAUGCAAAGGCCACACACACAGGAGAGGAAAAAAAAAGAGGCAGAACUAUCUAUUCUUUGCACAAAGUUUCCACUGCAAGAAGAGGAGGUGAGGGAGGUGCCACCCCCACCCUGCACCUGCUCCUCAGACCCAGGAAUAAACUGCGUUUGUAAAAGGCA